AGCAGCAGCAGCAGAAGAAAACUAUUUCGUCCACCGAAAUCCCCGUUCUGCGGGUACUUGGCCGCUGCCGCUAGUGCUGCCUCCGAACCGCGUCCGCGGGUUCGAACCACCGCAGCGGCGGGGACUGUGGGUCCGGCGGGCGCCGGCCCGGAGCAGAGCCCAGAGGAGCCCUGCACUUGCGUGCCCCGCUCACCAGCAUCUCCUAGCCCCUCGUCCCUGCCCCGAGACCCUUAGAAAAGGGGACCAUGAUUUGGAAACGCAGCGCCGUUCUCCGCUUCUACAGUGUCUGCGGGCUCCUGCUACAAGCGGCUGCUUCAAAAAAUAAAGUUAAAGGUAGCCAAGGGCAGUUUCCAUUAACGCAGAAUGUAACUGUUGUUGAAGGCGGAACUGCAAUUUUGACCUGCAGAGUUGAUCAAAAUGAUAACACCUCCCUCCAGUGGUCAAAUCCAGCUCAACAGACUCUGUACUUUGAUGACAAGAAAGCUUUAAGGGACAAUAGGAUUGAGCUGGUCCGGGCUUCCUGGCAUGAAUUGAGCAUCAGUGUCAGCGAUGUGUCUCUCUCUGAUGAAGGACAGUACACCUGUUCUUUAUUUACAAUGCCUGUCAAAACUUCCAAGGCCUAUCUCACUGUCUUGGGUGUUCCUGAGAAGCCUCAAAUUAGUGGAUUUUCAUCACCUGUUAUGGAGGGAGACCUGAUGCAGCUGACUUGUAAAACAUCUGGCAGUAAACCUGCAGCUGAUAUAAGAUGGUUCAAAAAUGACAAAGAAAUUAAAGAUGUAAAGUAUUUGAAAGAAGAGGAUGCGAACCGCAAGACAUUCACUGUUAGCAGCACUCUGGAUUUCCGAGUGGAUCGCAGCGAUGAUGGAGUGGCGGUGAUCUGCCGGGUUGACCAUGAAUCCCUCAAUGCCACCCCUCAGGUUGCUAUGCAGGUGCUAGAAAUACAUUAUACACCAUCAGUCAAGAUUAUACCAUCCACUCCUUUUCCACAAGAAGGGCAGCCUUUAAUUUUGACUUGUGAGUCUAAAGGAAAACCACUGCCAGAGCCUGUUUUGUGGACAAAGGAUGGAGGAGAAUUACCAGAUCCUGACCGAAUGGUUGUGAGUGGUAGGGAGCUCAACAUUCUGUUCCUGAACAAAACUGAUAAUGGCACAUACCGAUGUGAAGCCACGAACACCAUUGGGCAAAGCAGUGCAGAGUAUGUUCUCAUUGUGCAUGAUCCCAAUGCUCUGGCUGGCCAGACUGGUCCCGACCAUGCUCUUAUAGGAGGAAUAGUGGCUGUAGUUGUAUUUGUCACACUGUGCUCCAUAUUUCUGCUUGGGCGAUAUCUGGCAAGACAUAAAGGAACCUACUUAACAAACGAAGCAAAAGGAGCUGAAGAUGCCCCAGAUGCUGACACAGCCAUUAUCAAUGCGGAAGGCAGCCAAGUCAAUGCCGAAGAGAAAAAAGAAUAUUUCAUUUAAAUGCAGGCAACGAUUCUGAGUUUUCCGGCCCAGGCUACCUGCUGGAGAAAACUGGCUCUCAUCUUUCAGAAUUCAUUUCUACCAUCUUCUGCUACUUUUAUUAACUUUCAUGCUGUACUGCUCCCAGUAGCCAGUGUUACACCAACAAUCAGCUGUCGAAAGCAUCAUCCUUUAAUUACUGUACCAUCCCUAAUGCGGGACAUUUCUUACUCCCUAAAUUUCACCCCAUUGCUCAUUUAACAUACAGUGCUUGAAUAUACAGCCUUAACAAUGUUAAUCAUCUCCUUGGAUCAUGAUAUUGAGUUGUUUUGAUUCUUUGGAAAAAUGUAUGCAGAUUUUUGUCUUCCCCUUUCAGUCAUAGACAUUAUUGAUUUGCCAUUGUGCAGCUUUCACAGGUAACAGGAUUAGGUGAAGACCUAAUGUGCUUAAAUUUAAUCGAAGACUAGAGGUUUACAAACAAUGUUUUCUACAUGUCUAUCUUCAAAUACAACAUGUUUUGGAAACAUAUGCCCUAGAAACACAAACUGAAAAUACUGUAGUGUAGUUUCUGUAAUGUUUGAGAUUAUACUGGUAAAACUGUAUCGUUUGCUAUUUAAAAAAUUAGUAUUUGAUACAGGAGCCAUGUGUGUGGACUGCAAUCAUGACAUGAUAUCUUAUAUAACUAUAGAUCCCACCAUUAGGUUGUAGCUUCAUUUACCAAUAAAUUGUUCCAAAUACUUUACUGCUUUGGGAAUCACAAAGAUUUCAUUCAUUCUCUGAUUUGAUUUUAUAAUUUAUUUGUUCCAUAAGAACUCACUUGCCUAAACACAACUAAACUAUCCAUAGGGCACAAUUUUGAGACAUUUUAGUAUCUGUAUAUAGUGCAUAUAAUAAAUCUGAUUAAACAUUAUUUGAUACAUAUUUAACUUUUUUGGCUGUAGGUACUUCAGUCAUAAGUAAGCGUUUUCUAACUUCCAUUAUAUCCCUUUAAAUAUUACUUAACCAAUAUUAUAAGUAGAUAACAUGUAUUAGUAUUUUUGUCUGUAUGUCCUAGCACUGUUCAACAACAGAUUUUUCUAGUUCCUGUUGAUUUUUAUUUGUUACACAAUGGAAGCACAAUGUUCUAAGGAAAGGUAAUUUUAAGCUAACAACCAGUGCACAGCCUCAGGUUUUAAAUUACAACCACAGUUGAAUAAUAACGAAAAUAAACUCUUAGUUUGCUAAAAAAUUUACAGAUUUUAAUUUGGCAGUUCCAGAGCUGCUUACUCAUUUUGGUUUGCCAAAAAGAAGUGUUGAAGAUAUGUUUUCUGUACAAAUGAACUAAUUCUUUAUAUUAAAUUACUGUCUAUGCAUUUUGUGAGGUACAAAUUUCUGAAAUAGUGAGUGAUAGAGAAUACCUGCCAUGCUUGUAACUCCAAGGGAAAGUCUUUUUCUCUGGAUUAUUUUAAAAUUUUAAUGUAUUUAACCAUUAAGAAAUACUGUAUUCUUAAACAUGACACAGAGUCGAUCUAAAAUCUUAUCAAUUGUUCUAGUAAAUUAAAAGAUUGCUAGAUUAGUUAUCAUUAAAUUUAUUACAUGCUAAAGUAUAAAAGUCCAGCUAGAUUAAAGCAAUUAUUUUCCCAUUUAUAAGUGUUGCACCUUUAAGAGGAAAACAAACAUGAAAAUAUGGUAGUUACACUUGUGAUGUCUGACAGCAUGAUGGCUUAGGGUUUUAAAAAUAAUAACUUGGAAUUACUUUGAGGGGACUGAGAAUGGUUGAGUACAACAUCGUGUAUUAAUAUCUAAUGAAAGACAAGGUGCCAUACCUUAGAUUAUUUAUCACGAAAGCAUAAAUCUUUUAAGGACAAUGUUAGAAUUUAUAUAUUGUUUCUUUUGACUGUUGAAGAAUUUCUGUUGUGAAUUUCUCACAAAAGAAAAAGGACGAUGUCAGUCAAGCAGCACUUUUUUUCAGAAUAUACAGAACAUAAAUAAUAUGAUGUGGUUGAGUGUUAACAUAAUAAAUCUUAUACAGUAUGACAUUUUAAGAAAAUAAGUCUGCAUUGAUGUGAUUGCAUGCUUGUUUUUACAGUUCACUCCAUACCAUCUGUGGAAAAACGCAAUAAUAUGUUAAUAUUGUAUGGUAGUUUGAGAGAAUCAGGUAGGUGCUACUAGACACAUUGAAACUAGAAUAGGUUUAUAAACUGUUCAUACCUUUCAAUGCAUAAUCUUUAGAAAGACUCCACAAAGCAAAACUCAUCCUGUUAGUGAAAAGGGGAAGGUUCUUAUCACAGAAGUAAGUUGCAUAAACUGCAUCAUCAAUUACUAUUUAAAGCCUAAUUUCAGGAUGCACUUACAAAAUUGCUACUCUUCAAUGAUGCUGUAUUUACAUCUCUCAUCAUUUCUUCUAUAUUCUACUUGGCUCCAACCGCUACAUUGUUGCUCAAAUAACUCAAUCAUUUAAAAAAUCACUAUAAAAUUAGAAAUUCUAAACUGAGUGCAUUUACAGAAUUUUAUCUCAUUUAACCCUUCAGAGUACUACAAACAUAUCAUCACAAUUCUUUAAAAAAUAAUUGGUAUAUUGAGUUGUGGACUCAAUUAAAUAGAGUUUAAUUUGAAUUGCAUAUCAUAUUCUGUGACUGGAAAAAUUAGCAGUGGAAAAAUAUUUUCCUUUCCUGAAAACUGUUUUUAUUGUUCCAAAAAAUUAAUGUUAUAAUAUUUUCUCAUAUUUGUCCCCCUAAAUCAAAAGCAAAAGAGAAUAUUUAUAAAUGGGAACCAUGUGCACAAAUACAUACACAUGGACGCAAGUGUAUACACAUAGAGCCAAUUUCUGUCUCUGGUAAGUGACAAAUGAGCUAUGGAACACAGCAGAAUGAGUGUACACACACAUGUGCCCCCAGUAGAAUAUGGAGCAUUAUUCUUGACUUAAAGUAACUAUAUCCUCUUUCAGAAUACUGUUUACAGUAUAAUUUAAUUUUCCUUCAUCAAAAAAAAAUCUGUACACCAUUCUUUACUUCUAUCAUUUUUGAAUGGCCUAGACAGAAUGCUGAUAAAAUCUUAAGAAGAAAAAGCAAAGUUUGAGAGUGCAAGAGUAAAGGUGCAGACCAUGAGCUGAAUAUUGAUGGUGUGUGUGUGUGUGUGUGCGUGUUUGUGUGUGUGUGUUUAUAAAAGAAAGAGACACAGAGAAGAAACAGCGAGAGAAAUAGAUUUCAACUUGUUUUCUUUUAUCUGAAAAUCCAAGAAGCAGUUUAAAUGAACCUGAUAUUGGAGUAUAUUCUAGAAACUGGAUGAUCUCAUUUUGUUCACAAUGCUCAAUCUUCCAUUGAAACUCCACAGUCAAAAUCUUGAAUAGAAAAAAAGAAAACUAACUUUCCUAAAUAUGACAAAGACACUGACACCUCAUUUAUUUUAUUUCUUUGUAAAAAUAUAAAUAUCUCAAUUAAAGGACAGGCUCACUUGUAAUUAUGUACUCAUGAUUGUUAACAGCCUUGAGAUUCCACAUCGGCACAUGUACAGCAGCUGUUUGACAGUGAUGGCUCUUCCAUGUAACAUAGCAGUUAUCGUGUGAUUUAGUGCCACUUAUUGCAAAGUGUUACCAAGCAGAACAUUUACAAGGUUUUACCUUUACUUACGACAUAAUAAUAAUUUAAUAAGUGACAAAUACAAAAUAUCAUGUAACGUUGUUAAUUGUGGAGAAAUAUAAAAUCUAUCUUACUACAGCUUUCCCAUAAUAUUCUUAAAUUUUUAGAGUCUCUUAAAAAUGCCCAGGAUUAUUUUUUUGCAAAUGGUAAUCUAUAAUGAAUUAAAACAGAAACAAAAACAGAAACAAAAUAAUUAACUGGCAGUUGCAGCUAAAAUAAAACUAAUAAUAACAACUAUAAACACCUGAUGAAAAUUAGUGACCAGUAAUGCUUUUGAUUAAGUGGCACAAAGUACACACUAAAAACUAUGCAAAAUAUAGGUAACUACAGUGUAUGUACAUGUAAGUAUCUUGUACUUGCUGUGUUUGGAUGUUGGAAACCCAUGUAAUUAUAAUAUGCAUUUUGAAUAUUGGGAAAGAGGAAAUCUUAGUGUAGAUAAUAUAAUUUGUUUUGAAAUAUACACUGGCAAUAUUACAAUAUACUCAGUGCAAUGCCUGCAAUUCUAUUGCUGGGCACUAAAGGCGAAGGGAUUUUUAAGGAAUUAUUCAACAAGAUCCAAGAUAUUUCUAAUCUUCAACUCUUAUAAACUAAAGCAUUAACUAAAGUAUAAGUGACUCUGCAAGUUUUUUUAAGCAUUAAUGUAACAAUUGAAUUUUUUUCUUUGGGCUUUAGUAUUGCAGCAGAGAAAAAAAAACUGAGUUUCAAAUUUUGAUUUAUACCUAACUGAAUUUGAAAUUCUUAAGCAUUCCUUACAUGAGUUUUGGUAAAUUGCAGUAGUUUUACUGGAAAUAAAAAAUUAUUCAGUCAUAUAACUUAGGGUUUAACAUAGUUAAAGUCACUGUAUUUGAAAUAGUAAUUAUUUUAAAUCUUCUUUUUUUUUCAUUGUUAUUUUUUUUUUUUCCUCUAGCUCCUUUCUAUCCCAAACAUGCCCUUUGCACUUAUACCCUUCCAAAGGCAAUGGAUUGAAAGUAGGAAGUUAAUAAAGAGUUAAAGGGGACAAACUAUAAAAUGGGUUCUAAAAUCAUCAGCAUUUUUGUGUACUGAGAUUAUUAAUAUUGAAUGCAAUAGUUUUGGAUAUAGCUGGUAAGUUCUCUGCCAUGCAUACUUACAAUAAUUCUUCUACCUCUCACUUUUAACAUGGGCUAUGAUACUUCAGUAUAAAUAGAGGACGUGACUUCUUACAUGAUGUCCCAGGAUGCAUUCUUUUGGGACACUCCCUACCCCCUGGGAGAUCUCAAUAGCCAACUUCGCGUAGUGUGUUCUGUGGUGUAUAGAUCUUCAUUUGUUUACCUUUUCUAUCAUUUGUUUUUCCUAUAGGCAAAAUACAGUUAUGUGAUAAGCAAAGUUCCUCUAAUGCCAAUUUCAUAUCUCACUGCAAUAUAAUUGUAUUUUAAAAAUUAAAUGGCAAUACUUUGCAAUCCAAUCCGACAUUUUGCUUAAUUUUAAAAAUAUAAAGCAUGUCUUAUAAAUUAAUGGUUUUAAAUAAUAAUCAUAUACAUAAUUUAUUUUCCCAAGAAUAAUUAUCUACAUAAAAAGUAGGGUUUCAAAACUUUAUUAACAAAUAACCCCCCAGUAGUGUAAAGUAUUGCCACACUUGGCCACUUAUUUUAUAUGGAAUGAUAUGAAUAAUUCCAUGACGCGAUUUCAUUAUCUUAAAAGAAAAUGAUCUUUUAUGAACGUAUUUUCCUCUAGGAAAAAAAUGAUACAUGAUUAUUUCAAAUUAUGACAGUGAUUCUAUAAAAUAUUCUUAAAGAAAUUUGUAUGUCAUGUAUUUAGGAUCAAGUAAUAUUUGUUAAACUUGUUUCCAUUUUUUUCAUAUAUAUAUGUAUAUAUAUGAAAUAUAUGAUUUUUUGGAGAGAAUGGGCCCAAAUGUGAAAAAAAAAAAUGUAAAGAAAAAAACCCUCUAUUUUCCCCUCUGAAAUAUAUACUGUGUAUUUCAAAAAAAGAAACUCUAAAACAGAAUUUAAGAUUGCAGGGGCAAAAGAAAAAUCUACCAGGGCUCAGCACUUAAGCACUUUUCCCACAUCCAGGGUCAAAUCAGCAGUGAUUUCUACAUGGACUUUUAAGUGCAGUAUGAAAUGCAACAUUACACGUACACACAGUACUGUCAAACCUCAAAUGCUUUCUUUCAUUAGAGACUUUUCCUUGUACAUGAUGCUACUAGAUACUUUCUCUUUAUAUUUGCUGGUAGUGAAAGUCAUACGCAAUAAAAUAUUGAUGGUUGAAAGCAGUGGUCACUGAUUGGUUAAAAGUAUGAAAUGUAAACAGAAUUGUUAUAUCUUUCUCUUUUUUGCUUUUCUCUGUGUUUCUAAUGUAUUGAUUGAAUUGCAUAAGUAGAAAGAAAAAUAACCUAGAAACAUUUUCAAAUCUAGUACUAUUUCUCCUUAUGAAUGUAUACAAUUUUAAUCUUUUUACAAUUUUAUUUAACUGUACCUGCUGUACUUAUUGUAGAUUCGAUGACGCAGUUCAGUAGUAACCCAAGGAUUUAUGAAGUUGGUGUUGCUGACCUAUUUUCUUCACAUUCUGUUCACAUCAAUAUUUAUGAAUUGGUUGUUUAAUUUUUCAUUCAAAGAUAUUUCCUCAAGAAAGCUCCAUUUUUAUCAUAUACAUCUCAACUUAACCAAUAUUGGAACAAGUCUGCCAUGUUCAAAAAAAUUAAAGACUUAUCUCUGAAACUGUUACCCAAAUAUUUAGGUGUUCCCGAUAAUGUAGUUGAAAAAAUAAAACGUUCUAUUAGUAUGAAAUGGCAUUCAUAACUUUUGGAAGGGUAUAUUUAUGACAGCAUAAAAAAAUUCUGUGCUGGGAGUAUCCAACAAAAUGAACUAUAUUGCACAGAAUAAUAGAUUAACACAAUUGUUGAAUCUACUCUUGUCAUUAACAUUUUCAAAAGACAAAAUGCAUAUUGUAAUAUUAGGUACAUGACACUUGCAUGUUGAUAUGCCUAUAUACUUACAAAGUAUUCAAUGUGUACUUAGUGACGCUUAAAAUAUGUCAUGUACAACUCUUAUAAACAUUCUUACAGGGUUCCCAUUUGCACUUCAUUUUUCAGUAAAGUCUUGUCAGAAUUUUUUUGUCUGAGAAAUAUGAAAAAAUAAAAUUUGAAUUUUAGUUAUCCGGUGGACA